CAGAGUCUUGGAAAUUCACAGAGAGAAUAUGAAAAGCAGGUUGUCCUGUAUAGUAUCCGCAACCAGUUACGAUAUAGAAAUAAUUUAGUUAAACAUGUCAAGAAAGAUGAGCGUAAAUACUAUGAGGAGCUCCUGAAAUACAGCCGCGACCAUCUGCUGCUGUACCCCUACCACCUGUCGGACAUCAUGGUGAAGGGCCUGAGGGUAACGCCCUUCUCCUACUACACCGGGAUCAUGGAGGACAUUAUGAACAGUGAGAAAAGUUAUGAUUCAUUGCCCAAUUUUACUGCUGCUGACUGUCUAAGGCUUCUUGGCAUAGGAAGAAACCAGUAUAUUGAUCUCAUGAAUCAAUGUAGGUCAUCAAAAAAGUUUUUCAGAAGGAAAACAGCCCGUGAUCUUCUGCCAGUGAAGCCAGUGGAAAUUGCCAUUGAGGCCUGGUGGGUGGUGCAGGCUGGCUAUAUCACUGAGGAUGACAUCAAGAUAUGCACUUUACCUGAGAAAUGUGCUAUUGAUAAGAUCAUCGAUUCAGGCCCUCAACUCUCUGGAUCACUAGAUUAUCAUGUAGUACAUAGUAAGUGGUUUAUAUAACAAAGGAUUUAUUUAUCUGGAUGUACCAAUAUCUGAUGACAGUUGUAUAGCAGUUCCCCCUCUUGAAGGCUUUGUAAUGAAUCGAGUACAAGGUGAUUAUUUUGAAACUCUGCUCUAUAAGAUAUUUGUUUCAAUAGAUGAGCACACUAAUGUUGCAGAGCUUGCAAAUGUCCUCGAGAUAGACUUAUCCCUGGUUAAGAAUGCUGUUUCGAUGUAUUGUCGCUUGGGCUUUGCCCAUAAGAAAGGACAAGUCAUCAAUCUGGAUCAGCUUCAUUCAUCAUGGAAGAAUGUACCAUCCGUGAACAGAUUAAAGAGCACUUUAGAUCCGCAGAAGAUGCUCUUAUCCUGGGACGGUGGGGAGCGACGGAGUCCCGUUCAAGAAGCUUCAUCGGCCACUGACACUGACACGAACAGCCAAGAAGACCCAGCUGACACAGCCAGCGUGAGCAGUCUGAGCCUGUCCACAGGAUACACAAAGCGCAUUGCGUUCCUGUUUGACUCAACUCUUACUGCCUUCUUAAUGAUGGGAAACCUUUCGCCAAACUUGAAGAGUCAUGCCGUCACCAUGUUUGAAGUAGGCAAGCUCUCUGAUGAGUCUCUGGACAGCUUUCUCGUAGAACUGGAAAAGGUUCAGAGCACUGGCGAAGGAGAAGCUCAGAGAUACUUUGAUCAUGCGCUUACUUUGAGAAACACCAUUCUGUUUCUGCGUCAUAAUAAAGACCUAGUUGCACAAACUGCACAGCCAGACCAACCCAAUUAUGGUUUUCCUCUGGAUCUCUUGCGCUGUGAGAGCCUUCUUGGCCUGGACCCUGCAACUUGCAGCAGAGUUCUGAACAAAAACUACACGCUGCUUGUCUCCAUGGCGCCCCUCACCAACGAAAUCCGGCCCGUCAGCAGCUGUACCCCUCAGCAUAUUGGACCAGCUAUCCCAGAAGUCAGUUCUGUAUGGUUUAAACUGUACAUUUAUCAUGUCACGGGACAGGGACCACCAUCUCUUUUACUAUCCAAAGGUACAAGACUCCGAAAACUGCCAGAUAUAUUCCAGGGUUAUGAUCGAUUGCUAAUAACAUCUUGGGGUCAUGAUCCCGGUGUAGUUCCCACGUCAAACGUCCUCACGAUGUUGAAUGAUGCUUUAACACAUUCUGCGGUUUUAAUUCAGGGACACGGUUUGCAUGGGAUAGGAGAAACUGUUCAUAUACCAUUUCCAUUUGAUGAAACAGAGCUACAAGGAGAGUUCACUCGUGGCAGUAUGGGCGUUCAUGAAGCAUUGCAAACGUUAAGAAACAAAGUGGACUUGCAGCACUUCUGUGGCUACGUCACCAUGCUGAAUGCUUCCAGCCAGCUUGCCAGCAGAAAACUCAGUGAUGCUUCUGAUGAGAGAGGAGAACCUGAUUUAGCUUCAGGCUCAGAUGUAAAUGGGAGCACAGAGUCAUUUGAAAUGGUCAUUGAGGAAGCAGCUGUAGAUUCAGCGACAAAGCAAAAUUCUGGUGCCACCACAGAAGCAGACUGGGUUCCUCUUGAGCUGUGCUUUGGAAUUCCACUCUUCAGUUCUGAAUUAAACCGGAAAGUUUGCAGGAAAAUUGCUACACAUGGCCUUUGCAGCAAGGAGAGCCUUCAGAACCUCUUACAUUCCAGUCGAAAACUCUCUCUACAAGUCCUUAACUUUGUUCACUCAUUCCAGGAAGGUGCUUCCACGCUGGAUGUCCACACGGAGCCCGGCUUUGCCAGUUUGCUUUCACAGCCGUCCUGCGCUGACAUGGGCGUUCCGCUUCCUGCCAGAAACUUGGUGUUUAAAGACGGUGUCCUGUCGGAGUGGAGUGGCCGGUCACCGUCCUUGCCCCUCCUGGCUCAUCUCCACCCACAGUAACUUGGUUCCAGCAUCCGUUGCUCACACUUUCUGCCUUUUUCUUUCCCAAUGUUAGCUUUAUGGUAUCAGCCACUAAAAAGCAUCAUGCUGCCGAGUGCAAUUUCUGCUUCACUGAAAUGAGAGUUGGGGACACGGUCCUGUUUUCUGGAGUUUUACGCAUGAUUGCACAUCCUGUUGCAACAACGUGCUUUUUAGCAGCCAGCACUGCAUUUUUUACCUUGAGACAAUCUGCAUUUCUUUUAUAAACUGAGGAUCUACUUUAUAGGCUUUAUGAUGACUGUUCUGUUUAUAAGCAGUCUCUAUGAAUAUGGCAGUAGAAAUUUUAUAUGUUAGUUAUCAGACAUAAAUCUUGUUUAAUUUUAUAUUUUGUUACCUAUACUUUAGGGGAUCAAGGGAAGAGAUGGAACUCUUCCUCUGCAAAGGCCUCUUGGCACUUAAAGCAGUAGAACUCUGACACCGUAAGUGUCCCGUGUCAAAAGACGAUGGGUUGGGUAUUAGGAAUCCCUGCGGACGUCUGGAACUGUGUGUGUCAGCUACGUGGCUGAAGGUGUGCGUCAGCACAGUCAUGUGCCACUCCGCCUUCAUUUGUAAGUCUCAGCUCGGACGGUGACUGUCACUGGCAUCUCAUGAGAAGCUUUAGAAACCUGUUUUAAAACUCUGUUUGUGUGGACUUCUGUUGUCUCUCAUCUGGGCUUUGUGUUUUCACAGAGUCUUCGUGGAAGAAAUCAAAUUUAUCUUCCAUUCUUGUAGCUGCGGCUGCUGCACCUUUGCGCCUGAUUUACCUUUUAAUUCUUAGCUCCGAUGUUUUCAAACCAAGGAUUGUGAUUUUGGGGUAGAAUCACAUAUUAUAAGCAGUAAGUCUAUGUCUUUGGUUCAGAGCACUUCAGUGAUAAGCCUACUUUGAGGACAUAUUCUUAAGCAAUCUGGAUCUUAAAUUUAUGUGAAUACUUUUAUAGCAAAUGAUAAAGAAAAAUGGAGUAAUUUCAAAUUGUUACUUGAGCCACUGAUUCUUUUAGUAUCUCAGAUGUUGAUUAGAAUAAUUGGAAUCACUUUUUAGGCUUUUCAAGUUGCCUUCUUGGGGAGUUUGUGCAGUGUUAUAGCUUAGUUUAGCUCCUCUUAUAGGUAACGGUUUGCUAGUUUAAAAAUGUAACCAAACUAACUGGUCACACAACAUGUAUCUAAAACACUUAAAGUGUCAGAAAAUUCGCAAAUGUUAUGACCUAAACAUUUUUGCUGAUAAUUUUUGUUAUUUAUAGGUAUUUGUGAAUUUAACAUACUUCUGGAAAUAUAUGCCUUUCUUAGAACUAUGACCAUAACCGUACAUUCAAUACCACAGCCUGUCUGUAGAACUGAAUAUUCGGACCAGGUUAUCAGUGGCACAGUCAGUGCUGUGUUUGGGUCAAUGCAGUAAUGUUUAGUUUUCUACUGUGUCUUAUAGAAAGUAGAAACCAUGUGUAUGUUAUGUUUGUCUAUAAAAGGAGAAAUACAUACUAAUAUUAAAAUAAUUUCUUAUGACUGUGAAUCACUCAUUUAUUUUUCCAAUAAUUGAUAUUGUACAUUCCUAGUGCUGUUAGGUAUGUAUGUAAGUAACUUUCACGGUUUUUCAGCUGAAAGUUGAAAAGUCUCUUCUUUGACCAAGGCUCUUUGAUCUUACUUUAAUUUGCUUUCUUUGAAUUAGCUGUAGUUGUGUUAUUUAUUCGUAUAUUAACGGUCUAAACAAACUGUAAUGACAUGUACACUCAUAAAGAAUUGAACAUUUGUAGCUGUUGGCAGUGUGCCCGGUUGUGGGUGCGUUUAAAGCUUCAAAUAGGGAAGUGAUUUGCUGCUGUGUUUCUUUUGAGAGAAAAUGGAGGAACUAGAGCCCGGUAGUGAUCAUGAACUGUAGGGAAAGGGCGGAGAAGCGAGGGUCAGCUCUGGUUCCUUGUGUCGAAUGAGCAAAGAGGACUCCCGAGUCCCAGCUGAAGGCCUCUCCGGCUCUCGGGGGAGGAGCUGCAGGCCGAGAGCUGUCAGCAGCCUGUGGAGGGCCUACGUCUGUGCUUCGCUUUAUGAACUUGGCCUUGUUUUGCUCACGUAGACUCCUGUGGGCUCAUAAGUUUUACAAGUGUUGAUGCGGUUCAACAAAAAGGAAUAUCUAGAAUGCAGACUUUGUCAUUUGCCAAAGAAAAUCCACGAAGCAUUUUUAUCCUGAGGAUGUUGAAGUCGUGUCGUCCGACUUGGGCCAUUCCCUUCCUUCCUUCCCCCACUUCCUUAAUGCAGCUUAAGCCCUGGCAGACUUUUCAGGAAAGUGAACCAGUAUCAGAAAGGACAUAGAGUUGAGUAGGGUACAGUUUCACCUCCUCUGUGGGCCAAAAGAAAUGCAGCUUUGUAUCACUUAAAAUAUCGUCUGAUUUCCUUGAUUUCUUUUUUUAGCUAUGUAAUCAGAUGGUUUUGUACUUGUUUUUCAGGGGAGUAUUGGUUUCUUUUACUUGACGUUUUCGGUUUUCUCUGCCACUCGUGUCUUUUUUAUGUUCAGUGUUUCAAAUGCAAUUUGUAGUUAAAAAAUUUUAAAGUACCAAAACUGUAACUGAGUAUAGUGGAUUGUCCUCUGUUAGGAUGUUAAUAUUAUACAAUGAAAUGUAUAAAGCGUUGUCAAUUUGAUUAUUGACACAUAUAACAUGUUUACAAAUAAAACUGUGGUGUUGAGCAAGUCA